AUGGACUUCUAUCAUCAUGAAAAUGAUGAUGAUGAUGAUGAUGAUGAUGAUGAUGAUGAUGAUGAUGAUGAUGAUGAUGAUGAUGAUGAUGAUGAUGAUGAUGAUGAUGAUGAUGAUGAUGAUGAUGAUGAUGAUGAUGAUGAUGAUGAUGAUGAUGAUGAUGAUGAUGAUGAUGAUGAUGAUGAUGAUGAUGAUGAUGAUGAUGAUGAUGAUGAUGAUGAUGAUGAUGAUGAUGAUGAUGAUGAUGAUGAUGAUGAUGAUGAUGAUGAUGAUGAUGAUGAUGAUGAUGAUGAUGAUGAUGAUGAUGAUGAUGAUGAUGAUGAUGAUGAUGAUGAUGAUGAUGAUGAUGAUGAUGAUGAUGAUGAUGAUGAUGAUGAUGAUGAUGAUGAUGAUGAUGAUGAUGAUGAUGAUGAUGAUGAUGAUGAUGAUGAUGAUGAUGAUGAUGAUGAUGAUGAUGAUGAUGAUGAUGAUGAUGAUGAUGAUGAUGAUGAUGAUGAUGAUGAUGAUGAUGAUGAUGAUGAUGAUGAAAAUUUUCCGUUUCAUUUUUUCUUUACCGUAUUUUUUCUCCUUAAUCAUCUACUUUACUCAUUCUUUUUGGAAGGUAGGGAAGAAAAUUUAUUUCGUUUCAGUGGAUCAACUAAGUUGGGUUAA